AUGGACUGGUUUCAGUGCCGCGCCACCGUGCCGGCCAGCGGGAUGACACUCUCGCUGGUUGGGUCAAACACGGAAACAUAUACUGCAUUGCAGACAGUCAUCUCCCCGGAGGUCAUUUACGCCUACGGCAUAAGAAUGGUCUAUGAGGCGACUGACCUCACGACGGCCUCACCCACUGCCUCAGCUACCAGUUCCAUUACGAGCUCCGCGACAUCGCCGCCGUCUUCUGGAUCCAAACCCGCCGCCAGUUCGGGCCUCUCCAUCGGCGCCACCGUGGCCAUCUGCGUGGCAAUAACCUUGGCCGUGUUGGCGGUGUCUGUCGCGGCUUUCCUUUUGUGGCAGCGGAAAAGGAGACAACGCCAGAGCAGAGCAGCAGCUGCGGCUUGGGAAAAGAGCCAUGAGCUGCCGGCAAAACCACACGAGCGCAGCCUGCCAAACUCUCCCCAUGAGAUGACCAGCGAUGAAGUGAUGGCUGAGAUGCCUGGUACUCGGAACACUGUCGAGUUGCCUGCACGUGAGUAG